CUGUUUGCAAAGCUCCCUUGAAAUCCUGACUCAUCCCAGCUCUGGGUCACAUGCUCCCGCCCGGGCCCUAUCAGGGCCGGCUCCAUCCCACUGUUGCUGCUUUUGCUGCUCUUCCUGCCGCUGGCUCAGAGGACAGAGCUGCUCCCCUUCGCAUCCUGUAUCUUUCCUCUCGCCAUCCAUCUCUGCUUAGUGCGCUGGUGCCUUGGCCAGCCUUCCUGCUUCUGCCUUAGGAAGGAAAGACCAGCUCCGCCAUGUCUAUUGAGAAGGUUCACGCUCGGGAGAUCCUGGACUCUCGUGGGAAUCCAACCGUGGAGGUGGAUUUGUACACAGCUAAAGGGAUGUUUCGGGCAGCUGUUCCCAGUGGCGCCUCCACCGGCAUCUACGAAGCUCUAGAGCUGCGUGACAACGAUAAGUCCAGAUUCCUUGGGAAAGGGGUCCUGCAGGCGGUGGAUCACAUCAACAGCACCAUUGCCCCUGCUCUCCUGAGCUGUGGCCUUUCAGUCGUGGAGCAAGAGAAGAUCGACAGCCUCAUGCUGGAGAUGGACGGGACAGAGAAUAAAUCCAAGUUUGGAGCCAAUGCCAUCCUGGGUGUCUCCCUGGCUGUGUGCAAAGCGGCGGCUGCGGAGAAGGACAUUCCCCUCUACCGACACAUCGCCGACCUGGCUGGAAAUUCUGAUCUCAUUCUGCCAGUACCAGCCUUCAACGUGAUCAAUGGGGGCUCCCACGCUGGGAACAAGCUGGCCAUGCAGGAGUUCAUGAUCUUGCCAGUUGGGGCCGAGAGCUUCCGGGACGCCAUGCGCAUCGGUGCUGAGGUCUAUCACAAUCUCAAGGGUGUGAUCAAGGACAAGUAUGGCAAAGAUGCCACCAAUGUGGGCGACGAAGGAGGCUUUGCCCCUAACAUCCUGGAGAACAGUGAAGCUCUGGAACUCCUCAAGGAAGCCAUUGAGAAAGCUGGCUACACUGACAAGAUUGUGAUCGGCAUGGAUGUGGCUGCAUCGGAAUUCUACAGAGACGGGAAAUAUGACUUGGACUUCAAAUCCCCCGAUGACCCCAGCCGCUAUAUCUCUGCUGAUGAGCUGGGUGACUUGUACCAAAGCUUUGUAAGGGAUUACCCAGUGGUGUCGAUCGAGGAUCCUUUUGAUCAGGAUGACUGGGAGGCCUGGUCCAAGUUCACAGCAAACGUUGGGAUUCAGAUUGUGGGGGACGACCUGACUGUGACCAACCCCAAACGCAUCGAGCGAGCUGUGGAAGACAAGGCCUGCAAUUGCCUUCUGCUGAAAGUCAACCAGAUUGGAUCAGUCACCGAGGCCAUCCAAGCCUGUAAACUGGCCCAGGAAAAUGGCUGGGGGGUGAUGGUGAGUCACCGAUCAGGGGAGACUGAAGACACCUUCAUUGCGGACCUGGUGGUGGGACUCUGUACUGGCCAGAUAAAGACGGGAGCGCCAUGCAGGUCCGAGCGACUGGCGAAAUACAAUCAGUUAAUGAGGAUUGAGGAAGAGCUUGGCGACGAAGCCCACUUUGCCGGGCACAACUUCCGUAACCCCAGCGUCCUAUAAGCCCUGCCCUGGGCACACUCUGGCUUGCCUGCUGACCUCCCAGUGCACAGACUCUGAGUGCCCCUUUAGACCACACCCUCCAUUUCCCCAGCUCCUCUGUCUCCUCUCCCCAUUCCAGCUACCUCCUCUGGCCUCUCACUGGAGCCGCCCUGCCCCCCAAGACGUGUGGAGAACGAAGCUUCC